AUGAGCACGCUCAACGACACCACGACGACACCGACGCCGGGGGGCACGAUGACGACGCCGACGGGGGGCACGAUGGGCCUGCCGACGAUCACGCAGGCGAACUGCAACAGCUUCGACUGCGCGAUGACGUCCAUGCGCAUAGUCUACAUCCUGGUGUUCGUCGGCGUGAUCGUCAUCCUCGUCGUGCUGCUCGCGUUGUGCUUUGCGCGCCGCGCGUACCUCAUCCGCCGCGGCCGCCUCACCGAGUUCGUCCCCGCCCGCCGCGCGGAGCCCGCCGUGUUGCAGCGCCCGCCACGGAUGUACGAGCUCAGCAUGGCCCUGGAGGAGAAGAAGGCGGCAGAGGCGUUUGUUUGGAGUAAUGAUGGACGAUGGGAAGGCAUCCUCCCGCUGUCCGCGACAUCUCUCCCCCCACCGCCUACCAACACAACGCCCGAGAAAGCGGACCCGGAUGCCAUACCUGCCCCCGCCAACGACCCCCGAGGCCCGAGGUGGCUCCCACGGAGAAUGCGACGGAGCAGAGAGUCAGACCCCGCCGGUUCAGUGGAACUCGCCACGAAGAACAUCAGCGAGGCACAACCGGAACCCGCUGCUAUGCGGGUCGCCUGCCUCAUCGCGAUGCCGACGCCGCCCGCAGCGGCGGCCGUGGCGGUCCGAGACGACGACGACGGGCCCAGCCUGCCGUACUUCGAGCUUGCGAUGGUGAACGUCGCCGUCCAUGACCCCGUCCCCAGCGCCGAAAAUGUUGGAGAGAGCUGA